AUGCCCGCCAGAACUGCUUUCAGCACUAGGGGGCUGCAAGGUUCUCGUUUUGAUGUUCAGUCCUGGACAUUUCAACCUGACCUCAACUGGGCAGACGGUCAAGACGAAGAUGACGAAGAUAGCACUGAUGCUUUAGAAGGCUCGUUGGUCGAAGUGACCGAGUCUGAAUUUCCGUCGUAUUUCAGUGAACGUGACGGAAGACUCUUCCAUUCCCAUGGCGCCUCCCCUUAUCCACUGCCUGUGGAUGCCCCGGAACAACGACGAUUGAACGUCCAACACAAUAUCAUCAAGAUAUUGCUCGGCGCCAACUAUCGUGGUCCGGUGCCCCAGGCAUUGACCAACGUCCCUGAUCGCCGUCGACUGGUCGUCGACCUCGGCUCCGGCACUGGGAAAUGGGUCAUGGAAAUAGCAAGGCAGUUUCCUCAUGCUAACGUUGUAGGCCUCGACAUUGUGCCUAUCGGGACAAUGUACCCACUCGACAACGUGUCUUUUGAGGUCCACGAUAUGAACGAACGAUUCCGCUGGGUUGAUGGAAGCGUUGAUGUUAUACAUGCCAGAAGUAUCUCUAUGGCAAUUCAUGAUUUCAAGGCAUUACUCACGGAGGUGGCCAGAGUCUUGCGUCCUGGCGGACUGUUCCUAUCAUCCGAAUGGAUUCGCGCCGCCUGCGUUCACCCCAACCUCGGCGUAACCCCAGAGAGCCAUAUCCCAAACCUCGUUCGGUUCUUCGAAAUGCUUCGUGCCGCCCUGGCUAGUAACUGUGGCACUCGCAAUUUAGCGCCUCACGUUCCUAAUCAUCUGUCCGCGACAACACAUUUCGUCAACAUCGAUCCGUGCCGAGUGUAUGUGCCCAUUGGCCCUUGGGUAGAUGAUCCAAUCAUGCGCAUGAUUGGCAGGGCUUAUCGCAAGGCGUUCAGAAUCUAUGUCGAGUCAGUGAAGCCGAUCUUGCUUGGCGUCUACGGCGAGGAGCUUCAAGAGGUGUACGAUGGGGUCAACGAAGAACUGAGGACUAGGCGAGGCUUAGUGGGCAUUAUGCAUGUGGUGUGUGCUGAGAGGGCGUAG